GCGCCCUGAGCGAGCGGGGAGGAGAGUGUUGCCUGGAGUAGUGCCUGCGCCCCUGGAAGCCUUCCCGAAUUCGAGAACCGGGAGCGCGGAUGCUAUCCUCGCCCUGAAAUGGGGUCAAGGAACCUAAGCGAGAAGUAGUACUAACGAGGUCAGGUAGURCACGGUCCUUGAAUCCAAGAUUUCAAGAGAACCCACGAAGCACUGUUUAUAUUGGAAUUGGAGAUAUCUGCUUGUAGACAAAGGUGUCUAUUAUACACAAUGAGUGAUACAAGAACUUCACUUGAUAUUGAAGAGUACCCCGAUUGGGAGGUACAGAAAAACCGAAUACUGACCCUGGAAGAAUGGCAAGACAAGUGGGUGACCCACAAAAUUGGAUUUCAUCAAGAACAAGGACAUCAGCUGUUAAAGAAACAUUUGGAUACUUUUCUUAAAGGGGAGAGUGGACUAAGAGUAUUUUUUCCUCUUUGUGGAAAAGCUGUUGAGAUGAAAUGGUUUGCUGACCGGGGACACAGUGUAGUUGGUGUGGAAAUCAGUGAACUUGGGAUACGGGAAUUUUUUAUGGAGCAAAACCUUUCUUACUCAGAAGAACCAAUUGCUGAAAUUCCUGGUACCAAAGUAKUUAAGAGUUCUUCUGGGAAUAUUUCAUUGUACUGUUGCAGCAUUUUUGACCUUCCCAGAGCAAAUAUUGGCAAAUUUGACAGAAUUUGGGAUAGAGGAUCAUUAGUGGCCAUUAAUCCAGGUGAUCGCAAACGGAUGUGCCUCCUCUUCUUUGAGGCAUUGGUUUGCCUGGCGAAACCCACAAGGCAAUGGGGAACAAACUGGAUGYCAAGGGCAAGCCAAGGGCAGACCAGCUAUGUGGAUGUCAUGUUGUCCCUACUGAGAGAAAAGUUUCAGUACCUCCUGGCUGUUCUUUCUUAUGAUCCAACAAAACAUGCAGGCCCACCAUUUUAUGUUCCAGAUACUGAAAUUCAAAAGUUGUUUGGUACAAAAUGCAAUCUUCAUUGCCUUGAGAAGGUGGACACUUUUGAAGAAAGACAUAAAACUUGGGGAAUUGACUACAUCUUUGAAAAAUUGUAUCUACUUACCGAAAAGUAAAUGAAAUAUAACUAAAAUAAGUCAUAUGUUUUUGAAAAUCAUGCUAAGCCUUAAAAAUAGAUGUUUUAAACUUUUUUAAAUUUCUCAUAAGCCAAAUCAUAGAUCAUUGCUCUAAAAGUGCAUAUAAAUUUUUAAAGGAAAACUCGUACUUAAAUGUUAAAGUAGCUCCUUUACAGAGGAGUAUAUAACUGGGGGCAAAAUGUUAACCUGUGAGUCUUAAAGAUUUUAAGAAUAUUUUUUGUA